UCGGCACCAUCUGCACGCCUCUCUGCGCUCGCGAAUCAUAAGACGGUCGGCAACACUGUCACUUUCAACAGACGGGGAAAUGUACUGACUGCAUGGACUUCAUCGGAGCCGCUGAACACAUACUUGAAGAUACUGACGGCAAUUGUGACAUUUUGUGGAUUAUUUUAUCCUAGUACCAUGCAAAUGAUGGAGGAAUCCAGUACGCAGAGACUGGGCUGGGAUGGCGACGCGAAAGCGAUGCAGCAGUGUUUAACGGAUAUAUUUACCAGCGUUUACACCACCUGUGACAUUCCGGAAAAUGCCAUUUUUGGCCCAUGUGUUCUGAGUCACACUUCACUGUAUGACAGCAUCGCCUUUAUCGCUCUCAAGUCCACAGACAAACGAACGGCGCCUUACAUCUUCAGGGUGGACACGUCAGCUGCCAACAGUUCCUCAGAAGGCCUGAUGUGGCUGAGGCUGGUUCAGUCAGCGAGAGACAGAGAUGAACAGAACCUAGAGGCCUAUGUGAAGAACGGCCAGCUUUUCUACAGGUCACUGAGGAGAAUAGAGAAAGAUGAAGAGCUGCUGGUGUGGUAUGGCAAGGAUCUCAUUGAGAUGCUGCUCCUGAGCUCCGGCAGAAAUCAAGCCAAAAGUAAAGGAACAUCACCCUUUUUGUGCCCAGACUGUAGCCAGCGUUUCCAGUUUGAGUUUCCCUUUUUGGCUCAUCUAAGAUUCCGCUGUACUAAGAGACUACAAAGCAUGGCUAGCCCAGAGGAGGAGGCCACUGAUGCCAGUGACCAGGCUAGUCUACCUCCUGCCAGGUCCAGUCCCAAACUGGGCCGAUCUGAUGGCUUCUCCAAUCCACAGGAAGGAAAGCCAUCCACAGACUUCCAUAAUCUAGCCAGGGAUUUGGAGAAUAACAGAACCAGUCUGCCAAGCGACAAAGAGGCCGAAAUCCUGAGUGAGAACUCUGGAAAGCGCAAGUUUUCUGACAUGGAGGACAGCAGGAACAGUGGAUUAUAUCAGCCUCCCAAGUCCAAAGAGGAGUUGGCCAACUCGGCGCAGCAGUACCGUGGAGCAUACGGUCUGGAUGAGAGCAGGCGGGCUUUCUCGCCCUCUGUUUCAGAGUCGACGGAAACCAAGAGGAGUGCCUUCACAGAGGUCAAGAAGUCACCUCAGAGCUUGAAGCACAGCGGUAAAAACUCCAGCUCCAACUCGGAGAACAAGGAGGCUGGCCGGUCCAGCAGCAACCCGGCUGAAAAGCACCUCAACAUCAGACAGGUUCUCAGCGAGACUCAGCCCCCGCAGUCCCGAAUGGAGACCUCGUCAAUUGGCAGCGCUUUCACUUCGGUGCCCCAGCAGGGUGGUGUAGGCUCAGAGAGAAAGAGUGCCUUUAGCCAGCCGUCUCGCACCUUCUCGCAGCUAUCAUCUCUUGUCAUGGCACCCAAGCUUCUGCCGGCAGUAGACUGCCAUCCUGCGGUGGGCGACACCGUCUCUUCCAAUAGACUCUACCAGGCAGACCACCUCGCCGCAAAGCUCCAAGGCUCAGAACUAGGCAGCAACUGUCCUGUGCCGGGUGGCAUUGCAAAACAGAACCCUUUCCUAUACGCCACAGCCUACUGGCCCAAGACCUCAGGCCCCAUCCAGCUGCAAAUGCCCUCUGCUCUCACUCUUCUGCCCCCUUCGUUUACUUCACUUUGUCUGCCUGCUCAGAACUGGUGUGCCAAAUGCAACGCCUCCUUCCGCAUGACCUCUGACCUGGUCUACCACAUGCGCUCGCACCACAAAAAGGAGUAUGCCAUGGAACCUCUUGUUAAAAGAAGGAGAGAAGAAAAGUUAAAGUGUCCAAUCUGUAAUGAGACUUUCAGGGAGCGGCACCACCUUUCCCGGCACAUGACCUCUCACAACUGAAUUUUUGAGGAUUUAUUUGUUUUUCUUUCUUUCCUUCCUCCUUUCUUUUUUCUUGCAUUUUUUUUAAUCAAAAGGGAAUAAGGUUAAUCUGGACGAGUAAUGCCAACCCAUUUGCUCUCAUUUUCAAAAGACAUUACUGGUAAUGUUUGUAAUGGUUAAAUGGUUUGAUUUCUU